AUGAAGACAUCAUCUAUAACGAGCAUUCUCUUGCUCUUUUCCCCUCUUGUGUCUUCUCUUGCAGUUCCGCAGGGAGAUCUGGUCGUUCUUAACGAUCCGCCACCGGAGGCGAUUCCAGAUGUUUCUGAGUUGGAGAAGCGACGAGGCGGCGGCGGCGGUGGUGGGCGCGGCGGUUCAAGCUCUGGGGGCUCAAAAGGUAGCGGUUCCAGUUCCAGUUCUGGCAGCUCCAAAGGGAGCGGACGCAGUAGCAGUUCCAGCUCUGGCAGUUCAAAAAGUAACAGUGGAAGUUCAGGUUCAGGCUCGAGUUCAGGCUCCAGCGGGUCGAAAGGUAGCAGCGGAAGCUCCAGCUCCGGGAGCAAAUCUUCUUCAAGCAACGUCGGGGGCACAACGAGGUCGGGCUCCGGAACGCCCAGAACAUAUGGAGGCGGUGGUUACUACGCGGGCGGCGCAACAACGCCCUUUGCAGCCGGUAGUCGAACAUUAUCCGGCAUCCUUCCCUUUGCAUUAUUAGGAGGAGCGCUCGGGAUCGCGGCCGGGUCUGCCUGGCACGGCUAUGGCUAUCCCUUCUACACGCCGUACUACUACCACGACCCCAUGGCAGCGAGUCACAACAACGGUCAGGCUGGCAACUAUACGAUGAACGUAGUCUGCUACUGCGAGCAGUACAGCGAAUGCGGCUGCGACGACAACAAGAACAGCACGUACCUGGCGGAGGUGAUUGGCGAUCCUCCGCACAAUUCGAGCAUUGUCACAAUCGUGCAGAAUGGCACCAACGAGACGGCCUAUAUCAACGGCACGCUGGCGAAUGGCACCACUGCUGCUGAUCCGAAUGCCUCUGGCGCAUCGGCCAUGUUGGCGGUGGGCUCUGCAUGGCCUGUUGUGGCGCUUGUGUCUGCGAUGAUAUAUUAUCUGUAG